UGGAAGCCCCAACUUAGUCACGAGGGCCAGAGAGGCCCCUGCAGUGAGAAAUCCGGGAAUCAAGGUCCCCACUUCAGGGUGGCCUGGCCAUGGAAGGGCGAAGUGAGCGGGGCCUGGCACCACCUCUUUCCCCUCCCACACGCACCGCACCCCCAGCCCCUGCCCGGGAACUCCUCCCAGGACCAGCGCCUUUGAACUCCAGGGACUGAACCCCGCUCUGGUGCCCCCAGAGACCAGGCCCUGCCAUCCCCACAGUUCUGAGCCCUGAGCACAGCGGCUGCUGCAGCGAUGAUGGGGCUGUGGCUGGUGCCCAUCGGGCAGAAGCUGCUGCUCUGGAGCGCCCUGAGCGCUGUCUCCCUGGCGGGCGCCUCCCUGAUCUUGAACUUCCUGCAGAUGGUGGCGAGCUAUGCGCGGAAAUGGCUGCAGCUGCGCACGGUCCCCACCAUCGCGGGCGCCUACCCCGUGGUGGGCCACGCGCUGAUGAUGAAGCCGGAUGCGAGAGAAUUUUUUCAGCAGCUAAUUUCUUACACUGAAGAAUACCGACACGUACCGCUGCUGAAACUCUGGCUUGGGCCAGUGCCUGUGGUGGCCCUUUAUCAUGCAGAAAAUGUGGAGGUAAUUGUGACUAGUUCAAGGCAAAUUGACAAGUCCUAUCUGUACAAGUUUUUAGAACCCUGGCUUGGCCAAGGACUUCUUACAAGUACUGGAAACAAAUGGCGCGCUCGCAGAAAAAUGUUAACACCCACUUUCCAUUUUACAAUUCUGGAGAACUUCUUAGAUGUCAUGAAUGAACAAGCAAAUAUAUUGGUUAAUAAGCUUGAGAGACAUGUUAACCAAGAAGCAUUUAACUGCUUUUCUUACAUCACGCUGUGUGCCCUAGAUAUCAUCUGUGAAACUGCUAUGGGGAAGAAUAUUGGUGCUCAAAGUAAUGAGGAUUCUGAGUACGUACGUGCUGUUUAUAGGAUGAGUGACACGAUACAUCGAAGAAUGAAGAUGCCCUGGCUGUGGCUUGACCUUUUGUUCUUUAUGGUUAAAGAAGGAAGGGAGCACAAAAGGAGUCUAAAGAUACUACAUAAUUUUACUAAGAAUGUCAUCGCUGAGCGGGCCCGUGAAAUGAAGAGGGAUGGAGAAAGUCAAAGUAACCACAAGGGCACCGCCUCCUCCAAAAAUAAACGCAGGGCUUUUCUCGACUUGCUUUUAAAUGUAACUGAUGAUCAAGGGAACAAGCUAAGUCAUGAUGAUAUUCGACAAGAAGUUGACACCUUCAUGUUUGAGGGCCAUGAUACAACUGCAGCUGCCAUAAAUUGGUCCUUGUAUCUGCUGGGUUCUUACCCAGAAGUCCAGAGAGAAGUCCACAAGGAGCUGGAGGAAGUGUUUGGAAGGUCUGAUCGUUCUGCUAGCUUAGAGGACCUGAAGAAACUGAAAUAUCUGGAAUGUGUUAUUAAGGAGACCCUUCGCCUUUUUCCUUCAGUGCCUUUAUUUGCCAGACACCUUAGUGAAGAUUGCGAAGUUGCGGGUUACAGAAUCGUGAAAGGCUCUCAAGCCCUCGUCCUUACCUAUGCACUGCACAGAGAUCCCCGGUUCUUCCCAGACCCCGAGGAAUUUAAGCCAGAAAGGUUCUUUCCAGAAAACUCACAAGGACGCCAUCCAUAUGCAUAUGUGCCCUUCUCUGCUGGACCAAGAAACUGUAUAGGUCAAAAGUUUGCCAUAAUGGAAGAAAAGAUCAUCCUCUCCUGCAUCUUGAGGCAGUUUUGGGUAGAUUCCAAUCAGAAAAGAGAAGAACUUGGCCUGGCAGGAGAGCUGAUUCUUCGUCCAACUAAUGGCAUCUGGAUCAAGUUGAAGAGGAGAAACACCAGUGAAUCCUAACUUAUUAUUGGGCUGUGCCCUUAUCAUGAAAAAGGUUCUUUGUGAAGAGAAACUGCAUUUACAAUUUCUAGAACAUAAGUUCAAUAUUCUUAAUUCUUAGACCUAGGUUUUCCUUGUCAUCACUUACCUUGGUAUCAAGGUAAGCUUUUAUAUUUUCAUCACUGCUAUAGAUCUUACCCCUGUUCUUAAUUCCAGAAGUAGAGUUGACUAAUAAUGGGACCCAAAUGAAUAUAUCACAAGUUUCUGAAGAGAGGCAUCCACAGGCAAACUCAAUUUCAAUAGACAGACCAAAGGUUAUCAUUUAAUUGAAGUCCAGGAAUUUUUAAGUUAUUCUUACUCACUAGGGAACCCAUGUAUGCAGGCAUAAAUACGUAUUUAAUUUGAAAGGUGUGUAUAAUUAAGUACUUAUAUCUGAGUUAAAAUUUUUUUGAAUUCUAUCAGUUCUCAUCGAUUAUGAGAAGAGUAAUUAUGAUACAUUUUAGUUUUAAUCACAUAGAGUAGGCCAUUUAUAAAUUGACUCAUAGAUUCUGUUCUUAUUUCCCUGGACUGUACAUUUAUGGCAUUCAUUUCAUUCUUUACAGUACCACAAUUACAAUAAUGUGUCUUAAAUUAUUGGGAAGGAUUCCUCUUGAUAAUCACCAGUCCCACACAAUGCCUUAUAAAAUUAAUCAAUGAUUUUUGCUGCUGUAAGGACGUUUACGCAUGUCUAGCUAUACUCCCUUUCCUAGAAUUAGGGAAUGUGAUCAUUUGGGGAGGUAUAUUUCUCCCCAAAUUCAUGAACACUAGUGGGUGACAGGUUGAAAAUAGAUAAAAGUUCUUUCCUCUAAAUCUCUGCACUUUAUCAUACUUUUUACUGCAAUAUGCUAUUAUUGCGUUGUAGGACUCAUGUCUAGAUGAACCACUAGAACACAGAUCAUUUACCUCUGCUUUUGGCAUAUAUCGUCUAGAAUUCUUUAAAAGAAACGAGAAGGCAUUCUCCUGUUUUUAGUCAGCCAGUGAUCUCUCACUCAGUUUAGGUUUGUGUAAAUUCACAAAUUCAGUAAAUUCAGUCCUCUAGGACAUACAAGCCGGUAACUAUCAACCAUUCCCUACAUUUUAAUUUGAAACAAUAUCUCUGUUUACUCACUCAGAGCAUUAAACACUUCUUUUAAUAGAUAAUUUUAAUGAGAUUGUAUCUUCAGUUUUCCUAAGACAGUAGCAGACAGAAGCAAUAAGAGGGUGGAAUAUGUAUUUUUCGUGAAAAUCAAAGAGACACAAGACAAAGUCACAUGGCAAGUACUGAUGGCUGGCAUCUAGAAGGGUCAGCAGCUCCUCUCACUUCACUAUCUCAAUGUCCCAAAGUGCAUUGCUGUAGACCACCCCCCUACACCCCUUAAUCAUUAAAGUUGCUGAGAACAAGUCAAGGAAUUAUGUGACACAAUUGAGUAGGAUUCACAGCUUAGCCUUGUUGUAGAACUGGAUUAUGUAGAAAAUCUUAUGCCCAGAUGACUUUGGAUAAUUGAAGUUACCUUCAUGGCAAUUAGUGUUAUUUGUCAAUAUUAUGUACUUACAUUUAAUCUUUGCCACUUUAAAAAAAAUUGAGUAAAAUACUGCUUAAUGUUAUCCUUUGGCUUAAGAUCUUUGUUUCAUCCCCUCCCCAAAUUAUUUGUUAUUUAUUUUAAUUGGAAAUUCGCUUAAUCCAUGUCAGAAUUGAAAUUGAGAAGUCAUGUAAUGGUCUGUAGGAUUACAAUGUGUAUGCUAAUAUUUUGUAAAUAAGACUAUAAUCAAAUAUGUUUAUAUCUGUAUUAUUUAUUUUCCUUUUGCUUGAGGAGGCAUCUCAAGAAAAAUAAAUUACAUUUUAA